AAUACUGCGACAACUAGAAGGACAUUGGACAACAAAAGGCGGUUCUAUGACUUCCACUUGGAUUUGUCCAUUUACCACGGACUUCAUUUCUGAGCCAGUCCCAAUGACUGUAAAUAGAGGCAUGAGUUUAAUUCUACCAUAGUUAUGUGGUAGGCUAGAUGAUAACGGUAAACUCGAUUUUCUGCCUUAUAUGUUAAGCCUUGGCCAACGGUUCAGCUAUUCAUUCCAAAGGCUACCGAGACUGGGUUUAGGAUGAGGCGCAGACCACAGCAUUUGGUCCAGUUCACAGGUAGAUUGCGCUCCACAGAGAGUGGGUGAACCUGCUCUUACAACAUAUGAGAGAGAAAAAGAGUGCGAAAAAAGAGGAGAGAGAGAGAGAGAAUGGUGUUCUAUCUAGUGCCAUCAUUUAACAUCUGUCGACAAAUCGGAAAAAGAAGGAGGGCUUGCUCGAAUGAGACGUAGAGCGAUUUUUCAGUAACUGCUUCGUGUUAGGAAUGUAUUGGAGCUUCAGUCCAAGAAACCCAAGAGAGAGGAGCAAGAAGAAGAGUCGUGCGGUUUUACGAAGCUGGUAACAACCCGGGGCAAGAUGUUCUCUUGGAUACAUUUAUCUGUGUGCUGAUACCAGUCUAAAGUGGGGUAUUGAUGGAGGCGCAAGGUGAAUCCCUGGACAUCGAACGCGAGUUUCAGUCGCUGUAGUUCCAGAUGCAUGAUCGACACCCAAAUUGGAGAGUUUUAUGGCUCCGGUUGGCAACGGAAUGAUUACGAGUGAGCUUUGACAGACAUGUGCCGUUGUGAGCAGCAAUAAUAUCCCGCAUUGCACAGGAACCAGCGCCAGCGGUCUGGGAAUCUGCAAUAAGGGGCUGAUAAAAGCAAUAAACUGUGCUAUAAAUAAGUGAAUCAAUGCGCCAUGGACGACAAGGCGAAAAACUUCAGGAGAUGCUGCGCUGGUGAGAGUCUCUCAUUAAAUGUCAUGAGAAUAUUUUAGUUAUUCGUGUGGUCCCUUUUUAUCUUUUUUCCCCCUCAGUAAUAUAACUUUUAAUGGUCACGGGUGCACAAUGAAACACAAGCAAGAGCGCAGACCGUUGACCAUCUGUACACUGUGAUCAGUUUUAAAUAAUUUGUUUUCGUCGCUACAGCAAAUAGCUACAUAUGUUGGGCAGCACAAGACUUAGAUUCCUAGGUUCAGCUGCGUUACUUAGUGGAGGACAAAGACAGUUAUGGACAGAGAAACGUUUUUUUUUUUUUCAGAUUAACGAAACCACAGCCAUAUUGCACCAUUUGACUGCAAUCAAUACACUUACAGUUUUAGUUAAAGAGAUCUUUUGAUUUGCACUAUGAUGGAACCUCCACAUUGCUCGAAGAAGAGCUUGUCUCUGUCACUACCAGUACCUCGCGAGGGACAAGCAACCCUCAAACCCCCGCAACAUCUCUGGAGGCAGCCACGGACCCCCAUCAAAAUCAAACACCGUGGAUACUCCGAUACAGACCGGCAUCAUCACCGGCAAAUCGAGCGCUCCAAUGCUAUGGACACGAGUGACCGACCGGGGCUUAAGAAGUCUCGAAUGUCAUGGCCCUCGUCUUUCCACGGAACUACAAGCACAUCCAUCGGGAAUUGCGUGGGAAAUAAACGUUUUGAUGGAGAGAAUGGGCCCUCUCCCGGCCGCAGUCCCAUGGAUUCGCAGGGGACUCCUGGCCUGGUGGUCCACCCAUCCUUCCCACAGCGGAGGGAGUCCUUCCUCUACCGCUCCGACUCCGACUACGAGGUGUCCCCCAAGACCAUGUCCCGAAACUCCUCCAUCAACAGCGAGUGCCAUGCUGAGGACCUCAUAGUUACUCCUUUUGCUCAGGUGUUGGCCAGCCUCCGAACCGUAAGAAGCAACUUCACCAUUCUCGCCAAUGUCACCUCACCUACUACUAACAAGAGGUCACCAGUGACAAGCCAACCCACUGUUCCCAAGGCAACGCUCUCCGAUGAGACGUACCAGCAGCUGGCGCGGGAGACCCUGGACGAGCUGGACUGGUGUUUGGACCAGCUGGAGACCAUCCAGACCCACCGCUCCGUCAGCGAGAUGGCCUCCAACAAGUUCAAGCGGAUGUUAAACAGGGAGCUCUCCCACCUGUCGGAGAUGAGUCGCUCGGGGAACCAGGUGUCUGAGUACAUCUCCACAACUUUCCUGGACAAACAGAACGACGAGGAGAUCCCGUCGCCCACCCUGCCCGAGCGAGAGAAGCCCAUGUGCCGCAUCAGCGGCGUGAAGAAGCUCACACACAGCUCCAGCCUGACCAACACCACCCAGCCCCGCUUCGGAGUCAAGUCCGAGCACGAGGAGUCACUGGCUAAGGAGCUGGAUGACUUGAACAAGUGGGGCCUUAAUAUCUUCCAUGUGGCGGACUACUCAAACAACAGACCGCUCAGCUGCAUCAUGUACGCCAUUUUCCAGGAGCGGGAUUUGUUCAAGACGUUCCAGAUCCCCAUGGAGACGUUCGUCACCUACGUGAUGACGCUGGAGGACCACUACCAUGCCAACGUGGCCUACCACAACAGCCUGCACGCUGCCGAUGUCACACAGUCCACCCACGUGCUGCUCUCCACCCCGGCCCUGGACGCUGUGUUCACUGACCUUGAAAUUCUGGCUGCGUUGUUCGCUGCUGCCAUUCAUGAUGUGGACCAUCCUGGAGUCUCCAACCAGUUUCUCAUCAAUACCAACUCAGAACUGGCGCUGAUGUACAACGAUGAGUCGGUUCUAGAGAACCACCACCUGGCCGUGGGCUUCAAGCUCCUGCACGAGGAGAACUGCGACAUCUUCCAGAGCCUGAGCAAGAGGCAGCGGCAGAGCCUGCGCAAGCUUGUCAUCGACAUGGUGUUGGCGACGGACAUGUCCAAACACAUGAGCCUGUUGGCAGACUUGAAGACGAUGGUGGAGACGAAGAAAGUGACGAGCUCUGGUGUGCUGCUGCUGGACCACUACACCGAUCGCAUCCAGGUGUUGAGGAACAUGGUGCACUGCGCUGACCUGAGCAACCCCACCAAGCCUCUGGCGGUGUACCGUCAGUGGACGGAGCGCAUCAUGGAGGAGUUCUUCAGGCAGGGGGACAAGGAGCGCGAGAGAGGCAUGGAGAUCAGUCCAAUGUGUGACAAACAUACUGCCUCAGUCGAGAAGAGUCAGGUGGGCUUCAUCGACUACAUUGUGCACCCUCUCUGGGAGACGUGGGGGGACCUGGUGCACCCCGACGCCCAGGACAUGCUGGACACCCUGGAGGACAACAGAGACUGGUACCAGAGCACCAUGCCCCAGAGCCCCUCGCCCCCACCCGACGACCCGCACAACGAGCUGGAUGCCUGCGUGGACAAGUUCCAGUUCGAGCUCACGCUGGAGGACACCGGCGAGGGUGGGGGCGGAGACGAGCAGGCUGGCGACGAGGAGGAGGAGGGGGGACAGGGAGACGAGCCCAGCCAGAACCACGUGGACCACAGAGAGGGAUACAGGGAGGAGGAAGAGGAAGAUGAAGAAGAGGAGGGGAAAUGUGGGAGGCCGGAGAGAGAAGGGGCGGAGGAGGUACAGGAGGAGAAGAUGGAGGAGGAGGGGGAGGAGGAAGGGGAGGGUGCGCAGGGGGAGCGCGCAGGCCAGCAUGGCCGCAGGCGGCUGCAGGUCCAGUCGGUGGUGGUGGAGGAAGAUGAGGGACAUUCCGAGGGCAGCCCUGUGGAGCAGCCCAAGGAGGACGAGGCGGAGGAGGAAUCGUCCUCGCCCUCCGAUGACACAUGAGUUCCACCCAACCCCGCGCUCCGACGCCGGGGAUUGUAGGAUAUCAGACAUCCCAUUGGAAUAUUCUCGUUCAAUACCACACCCCUCACCCCCAUUCCUGUGGCUCCCCCUGGCUAUACAUGGCCAAGCCAGAGACAAGUAGGACUUACGUAACAACUCAAUAAGACAUUCAAUGUUAUUUUUCAAAAAGGGAACACAAAUGAUUCAGAUUAAUGAGUAAAUAACACAGCUACUGUAGAACUGGAGGGGAGGCUGGGAGUGUUGUCAACUAUGUGUUAGAGAUUCCGAGUGAAGAGAGAGGAACUUAGGGAGGAGUUUGUUGUAGGGCCAUUGGAGACAGUGUAGCACCCUGCGUCUAUAGCACACAUACACACAUACAUGUGCACACACACACCUAUUAUGGUAAACAAACAAAUAUCAAGACAUGCAUAAGAAUAUAUGCACACAUUUGUGCAUGUGUGUGUGUGUGUGUGUGUGUGUGUAUGCGCUGCGGAGGGGAUUUAGACUGAAGGUGAAUCUUUUUGGAAUAAGCCAUCUCUAUAUGGAAUAUUAUCUAACUGGUGAGUAUCGAGUUUGUGUUUGUCAACAUUUUACAGUAGAACUCUGUCCUCCUCAGAACUACCUAUGAUAAACAACCCUGAAGGACUUAUUUUUCCAUUUCUGUCGGAAAGAAUCCGUCAGGACUCUGAUUCUCAUGAGCAAGCAAGCAGGUCGUGCAAAGCGACGAGGACAGGAUGUUGUCGUUGUCGUUGUCGUCGUCAGGGAGGAUCUCGGUCUCAGAGACUGGACUGCUGUUCCCCUCCCGUCUGCCCUUUACCAGGAGUGCUACCGGAGCAAGAUGGCUGCGUGCCUUUCUGAACCAGCAGCUUCCCACACCGGAGCUGUCGUGAAGCAAUGCAUCGUGGGACAGGAGUGUCAGCUUUUGUCUUCAUUUUUUGAUUGUCACUUGCUUUAAAAGGAAAAAAAAUAAUACAAUAUUUGCUGGUCUCAGAUUUUUUUUGUCAAACAUCCACAUUAGCAUUUUUUGAAUGUUGUCUUCCUUUUACUGCUUUUGUGUUCCUCUUGAUCAAGGGGUCGUCACCAUCAUUAGCGUCCAGGUCCAGAGUCCUGUGUCACUUUUAUAUUGAAUUCAAUUUUUUUUUCAUAUAAAAAAAAUAAAUGAUAGUCACUUUCUGAGGAUAAGCCAUGUGAUGCUUUGCAACAUACAUUUCGCCUAAAUUCUAUUUACAAUAUUGUAGUCCUGCCAAAUAAUGUGGAAGCAACAGAGUAAUGUCAAGAGCAGCACAAUUUCGCACCCAGCCUCUCACACGCAUCCACCCAUCACAUAUGUAAGCUCUGUUUUUCCCAAACACUCUCAGUCAUGUCUUGCCAAAGGGACUGGUAGGAAGCCUGAUCAAGUAGAGGAGCUUUCCAGGUGGUCAGCAGAAGACACAACAAGAGAGAAAGCGGGGGAGCUGGUUGAGUGUGAAGACAAUUUGAAUAAGUUAGAAGGAAUAUAUAGGGAGACCACGCACCACCAUUGUUCCAUUUGAUGCUUAUUUUGCCUUAAUGUCAAUAGCAGGGUUCCUGCCUGCCACUAUGUAGAUUUCUAAGAUACGCUCAGUAUCCCAGUAUACUUAAUGUAGGUCACGUCUGUAUGCCUCACUGUCUAUAAGAGUCUGUUUACAUUGUACUUUCAUUAGCAUAUGGAAGUGUUUGCAGAUGUGGUUGGAGUUUGAUCUUUCUGGUGCAGUGACAUAGCUGAGGAAAAAUCUGCAUAAAUGGCCUAUGUUGAGUUGAAUAGUGUUGCCUAAAAAUUGCUUCAAUUUGUGGACUGACAAUGAAAUUAGAGUAACUGUUGAUGUGUCAUGGAUGUUUGAGGCCCAGGGUUCUGGUUGUUUUGUCUUGUGUGCAUACCCAUUGGUAAAACUGUGAGAAAGCACUAAGUGAAAUGGGCGAGAGGCACAUCUGUGUGGGGGUGUCUUACCCUCAUCGUGAUUGGACGUCUCAGUGUGGACAGAGCUAACUGCGCUUCUUCAAAGCCAUCCCAGACACAAAGAGUGCCACAUCAUCGGGCUCGAGAUCUGACAUUUUGAAUGAGUGAGAGACAAAGUGCCCAGGAAGCCGUCAGUUAGCGAAGGACAUAACAGGGUCUUGAGGAGUUAGAGAGAGAGUGUGAGGUGAUGUUGAUGGAAGUUGAAUCUUUUUCAGUCCAGGGGAGAAACUGAGAGACAAGUGGUGGAACUGCAUGUGAGAUUAGCAGCACGUCGUUUGAUAGUGAGCCGCCAUGGCUCAUUUAUUCCCACUGACUCUGUAUGGAGCGGAACUGCCAUAGAGUCGGGCUCAGUCGGUCGAAGUGCUGUUAGACUAGAGAGCAUCACUGCAACUGUGCUGUCAUAUAAGCAUUAGAGGUCACUGCUGGUGUCAAUAAGGGACAUUGCCAUAUGCACCUGCGUGUCAUACUUUAGAGAUGUUUUCUUUGUUGUGUGGCUUUUUAUUCUUGUUGUGUGCUCUAAAAAGCAAAGAAAUAUGCUAUUUGCCAUUUUAACACGAUACUGUAGCAAUCGUUUCUUAAUAAGAAAUUAUUCAAUUAAUGAACUUGCUGCCAUUCUUUUUUGAAUAUAAAACACACUAAAUACCACAAGUGUUUUCUUUGAACAGUUUGUGUACAGUUUUUAUUUUUGUAUGAUUCUGGUUGAUGGUUUUGAAAUUGAAUAAUUACAAGAACAUACAGUAUAAUAUAAAUAUUAGCAUUAUCACUUCUUGUUUUGUAUAUAUUGUAAUGUUGGAUUGUAAAUUUGAAAUCUCCUGAGGAACCAAGAAGCCUCAUUUUAGUUGUACUGAGACGUAGUUCCGAAUGACAAAAUCAUCCUCCACAACUUUGCUCUCUCUCUCUUUCUCUUUCUCUCUCUCUUUCUCUCUCUCUUCUCUUCUCCUCUUUUACUCUCUCUUUCCUGUUCUUGCCCCAUUCCCUCGUCUUAUUGCCUCUACUAAAAUUCUUGCUAUCUUUAUUUAUGUACUGAAUAUUUGAAUAUUUGAAUUGUAUAAACCGAGAUGGUCAAGUCAUUCUUUAAUUCUCAGAAUUUUCAGUAUGCGCACUUUAUUUUUUGGUUGGUUGUGCGGUAGGAAUUGUGGGCAAAGCUGUUGGUAGGUUUGUGUGUGUGCGUGCGUGUGUGUGUGAGAGAGUGUGUGUAAGCAUCACUAUUGCACAGGGGAGGAAUUCCACAGGGCCUGGAUUGAAACCUGUACAGUACACCCUGACUCUGGGAGGAAUAGACGACUACUUUGAUGAAUGCUGUGGCAGUGGAGAAGAAAUGUAUGAUUGUGACAUCUCCCAUGAGAUUGUGUUUCAAGGUAGGCUACAGUAUGUAUGAACAGGAGGGAUUUCAGCUUCUGAUUACUUUUUUUUUUGAUUAUUUAAAACUUUCUUUACACUAGACUCCUUGUUAGAGCAAUUAUCUGGGCUUCAACCAAUGUGUUACUUGUUCACACAUUAUGAAAAUAAUAUAAAUGGAAAACACCAUGAAAUGAUUGUAAUAUUUGUAAAUUAUAUUGCUGUAAUGUGUAAAUGUGUUCAAGUUAUUUUAUAUUAUAUUAUUUUUAUGAGAGGUUUUCCUUUGAAAGAACUGAGGUGUCAUUUUGUGAAUAAAAUGCAUUUAAUAAGCAAACAACUAUAUAUAUAUAUAUAUAUAUAUAUAUAUAGUAUAUAUAUAUCAGUAUAUUUUUCUUUUAUUUCACUGUUCAGUACUGUAAAGUGUGUCAAACCUACAAAUAAAGGAGGAUUUUUUAAUUAUAAAAA